UGCACAGCGUAGGCGGAGGGCGUACGAGGCGCCUGGUAAUACUAAAGUUGCUAUCGUUCGAUAUUUCGUUCAUUCGAAUUAAGCUGGCGUUAUCUUCACUCUGCAACAAGUAACCACCAUUAACGGACAUGGAAGACGGAAUGGGACAGGCGGAAGCUAAAAGCAAAGAAGGGUUAAGUGUCGACGUCGAUGUGAAGGGUGUCAAGGUUGAUCUAUCUAAUAAUAACAGUAGAGACGUCGAUAUUAAAGAUUCAGGAUCGGAAGGAGAAGACAUCAAAUCUGUAGAAAUAGAGAAGACAAUAAACGAUGGCGAAGAUGGAGAAAAAAGCGUGGAGAUUGAAGUGACACAAACAGUGACGACUGAGAAAGAUGGCGAAAUAGAAGAAGUCACGACAAAGGUUGAAAUAGAACAAACUGUGACAGAAGACGAGGAUGGUGUUAAGACAGUUUCGACUGAAAUGGAAGUGGAGAAAAGUGUGAGUGUCGAAGCAAACGGUGAGAAAGUGGAAGUCACUGAAGAAAUGCAAGUAGAGCAGACUGUCACGGAAGGGGAAGAUGGUGAAAAGACCGUUACAACAGAGGUGGAAACGGAAAAAAGCGUCACCAUAGAAAAAGAUGGCGUCAAAGUUGAGAUGGAAGUAGAAACAAGUGUUACAACAGAAAAAGAAGUAGAGAAGGAAAAAGAGGAGGACACUAAGACUAUAAAGAAUGAAAGAGAAGAAGAGAAACAAGGUGACACAGAGACAGACGGCGUGAAAAUAGAAGUCGAAAAACAAAAGACGAUAGAAGUUGGAGACAGCAAAGUAUCUGUUGAAACUAGCUUGACCAUUGAGGGCGAUCUUGACGACAUGUCAGCUGAGAAACUGCAGCAGAUCUUAGACGGUGCACAGGAUAUGAUAAGUAGUGGUGAUGCAGAGGAAGAACCGGAAAAGCCCGAGGUAAAAGACGACAGGCGCGGUUCAUCUAGCAGUUCCUCAAGCAGUUCAAGUGAUGAAGAUGAAUCCGCGUCGCUAAAGGAGAAGAUUGACGUCGAAAAAUCUGUAGACAUUUCUAAGGAGGCCAAACAGCGAAGUCUAGAAGAUGAAGUGGAAAAUAGGCGUACCAGAGAUAAAGAUGUCAGUUUAGCUAGACACUACGAGGGCGAAUUACGUAUUCUGAACGAACGUCUCGCAUGCUAUGUGGAUGUUGUGAGGAAGAUUGAAACUGGAGACGAGAGAGUGAAAAAAGUCUGGGGUAAACUAAACACUAGUGAGGAACGGGUAGCUAAUGCAAUUGGAGACUUGAAGGAUGAGUACGAAAUAUCAUUACGUGACAUCCGUGAACUUAUCAAGACGAUCAAUGAAGAGAGACAACAGAAUGACGAUGAGAGGGAUGACUGGAAUAAGAAAAUUGGAGACCUCCGGGCAGAGCUAAAAUCAGUAGAAAUUGAUUUAGCAAAUAAAACCGUAGAAGUCAAAACUAUUAAUUUGGAAAAAGACACGCUCAAUGAAGAAGUGGCGAGCAAAGCUAAGGCACUGGCUGCAGCUCGUAAAAUAGCGGAACAGGAGCGGAAGCUGCGUGAAGAACUGGAGAGUACCUUCAGGAAAGAAAUGUCACUACAAGAUGAAAUCGAGAAGCAGUGGGAAGAAAUCAAGAUGGCAAAGAAACAGAUCAUAUCUGGUAUUCUUGACCAGGACAAGAAGGCAGCGGAAGAAGAAAAGAUGAAACUGAAAGCGACAUUACAGAAAUGGAGUGAACAUUAUAGCGAAGAGCUUAAGAAAUACAAAAAGACUAUUGAAAAUGAGUACGGCUUUGAAUUGAAAAAAAUGAGACGACAAGUUGACGAAUUCAAGAGCAGAUCUAACGCAACGGAAUACGAACUGAAACUUGCCCUUCUCAAGAUUGGUGAAAUGGAUGAUCAGCACAGAUCAGUUUUAGCAAAGAUUGGUUUCAUGGAAGAACGCGUUCAAGAACUCGAAGAAAGAAAAAAGAAACUAUUAGAAGACCAGGAACGCCAAUUCGGUCUUAUUAGAGAGAAGGACGAAGAAAUCCGCGAAUUACUCAAUCGACUAGACAGACAAGCGAGGGAGUUCGCCGAAGCCGAAAGAGACCGAAUUUUGCUUGACAAAGAAAUUGCGAAAUUCAGAAAAUUGUUGGAGAUGGAAGAAAACAGGCUGAAUUUGGAUGAAAUGGAAAUGGAAGAGCAGAAAUCAAGCUUUGAAAUUUCAAUCGAUGUAUCCAAAAAAAGUGUAAAGAUAGUUAACAAGGGAGAUUCGGAUCAAACACUGGAAGGUUACAAACUACGAAGGAGCAAGGGAGGCAGGGACUUCAACUUCAGCUUCAAGUCUGGACAGGUAUUGAGGGCAGGCUCAAGUAUGACAAUCAAAAUGAAAGGACAAACGGUCAAUAAAGACGAUGACGAAGAUGAAUGGGACGAUAUGAGUGACAUCAGUGAUGACGAAAGUGAAACAUGCUUGGUUGAUACAAGUGGAACGGUCAAGACAACCCACUUUAGCAAGUCCAAAAGAGUAUUAGAAUACGCUUAGGUAUCCAAACUGAUGAACUCCGUUGAAGACAACGAUUUUAUACAUGCGAUAAAACACUUAGAUGUGUAAUUUUUCAUAAGUGUGAACUAUAUCAAGCAGUCUGGUUGUCGCAUUAUAUAGACCAUGACUUUCUCUUUUAUAUUCCAGUAGUUAAUUUGAUUUGUUUGUUUAUUGACUUACUUACUUAAAUUCAUUAAUUGCUGUAAACAACUAUAUACUGAAUGUGCUCCUAGUCUACAGUGUGAUGUGAAGUAUUAUUCAUAUAAUAAGCUUUGUCAACUCAUAGCGCUGUCCAAAAUAAAUGAGUUCAGAAAAUUCCUAUAAUUUGCGUGGAUUAUCCCCAGAACCAAACAAUCUGCUACCUAUUAAGUCUUUCACAUUAUUUCCCGUCGUUUUACUAGCCUUGAGUUAUAAGCAUACAUUUUCCGGUUUCUUAUCUAAUUUCAUUGCUCGAAUUGUUGAAUGGGCACCCUCCGCGCAUCAUGGAUCUGAGAAUAUAUUUUCACAUGUUUCUAAGUCAAUUGUGUUGUCUCUGGGCGUUUACAUUGCUUCCAUUGGACAAUGGUUCAUGAUAUUAUUUGACAGCACGUAUUAACUGAAAUAUAUCCUAGAAACUUUGUAAUAAACAGAUACAGUGUGUGCUGAAUAUAAUGAAAUAAAGGAUAGUUGUUGUUUUCAAUCCA